CACUGGCGUGUACGUCAUUAUCUCGUCAGUUAUCUUUUUCUGUCGGUACUUCCUGCUUCAGUCAUUUGUUGCUCCACAUCACUUGUGAUGUUUCCUAGUUAGUAGUUAUUUGGUUUUCGUUUCAAUAUUUGUUUUAAUUUGACCUUUCCUUGUGCUUAUUUUUGAAAUGAAAUCCCUUUUUGUGUCUCCUGCACUGCACUCCAGCCUGGCCUCCCUGCAGUUGGGUCAGUCACCUUCUUGCCUUUGCCACAACAAAAACCUGAACUGAAAAAGAAAAUUGACCAACCAACUAAUAAUAAUAAUGUAUUACGUCCACUUUUCCAAAGACUCAAAGAUGCUUUAAAAUUGUACACGUUAUUCCUUCACGCCUCCGUUAUUGCUGGUGUGGCCACAGCCCUCCUGGAGUAUUCCAACAAAACUACGGCUGCCAUUCUGUGGCUACGGCACUUCGGACCCCCUCCAGAUAUCCAACCGUGUUCAUUGGUAUGCAACUCGUGGCACGUGUCUUGUCCAGGGACACAACCGGGCGACCCUGUGGCCAUGUUCUUAUCCCCUGUGCCGCGGUGCCCUACGAACUAAGUGAAGAGUAAGCCCGAUGUCGACGCAGCCAUAUCAAGUGUGUUCCUGUUCCGUCCAGAAAAUGUCAUCACUUGUGAUUGGCCCCAAGCGGACGUUUUGGAAGGACGUCACAUUCAAAUGUUCUCAAUGAAGCCCCACCGCAGGGGACUAUUUAUCCCGCGGAGGAGUCACCUGCCGGCGCGUCACCGCCUCCCCGACCAAUCCCGGCGCGCCUCCUCCGCGUGUGCGCGUGCGUCUUUUGGACAUCCCUCCCUGCGUCCGGGCACGCGCGCCGUCUUCGCCGGCUGCCUGCAACCGCGCGCGCGGCUGCGAGAUUCGCCAGAAGCUGUCCUGCCUCCUCCUGCCUCCUCCUCCUCCUCCCGAUCCCUUCGGUACCGCGUGAGUGGACUUGGACCGCAGCCGCCUGCCGAAUUUAACCCGGCUCGAUCUGUUUCGGAUUGUCGCUCCUGUCCCGUUUUGUGCGCAACAGCCAAUGCUUGAAAGACGCCAUGAUUCACGGCGAGAGGGAUCGUCUUGCUCCCCCGGUAGACGACGGUGACGCCGAAAGGCAUCUGGCUGAAAGGUGACCUCUGAACGAUUCACCUCCUCCAAAAUGUUUGAAUAUGCCAGGACAUAAUAAUGACCUCCAACAGCACAGACUCUUCUGGUCUCUUCCUGAUUUCCACCAGCUUCCCACCAGCAGGAGCAGCAAUAGGAUUGUCCUCUCAGUCCAAUUCUCUCCAUCAAGCAGGGACAGGACCCUGGUUGGUUUUUCACGUGACCACCCCAGGUGCCAAUUCCUCUUCUGUGAAUUCCCUUUUCAACUCCACCCAAUCACAAAAUGGGAAUGGGACCUCAGCCCCGGUGCCCUUGGGCGGGCACACCGUGUGGCAGGUGGUCCUCAUCGUGCUGCUGACGGGAACGCUCUCGCUGGUCACCAUCAUCGGGAACAUCCUGGUGGUGGUGUCCUUCAAGGUCAAUCGCCAGCUAAAGACGGUCAACAACUACUUCCUGCUGAGCCUGGCGGUGGCCGACCUCAUCAUCGGCGUCAUCUCCAUGAACCUUUACACAGCCUAUCUCGUAAUGGAUUACUGGGCCUUGGGGAACUGGGCCUGCGACCUGUGGCUGGCUAUUGACUAUGUCGCCAGCAACGCUUCAGUUAUGAACCUACUGGUCAUCAGCUUUGACCGCUACUUUUCAGUCACCAGGCCUCUGACUUACCGGGCCAAACGGACGACAAAGCGAGCCGGGAUCAUGAUCGGCCUAGCCUGGUUUGUUUCUCUGGUUCUAUGGGCCCCAGCCAUCUUUCUGUGGCAGUACUUUGAGGGUCAAAGGACGGUGCCUUCUAAUAAGUGCUACAUUCAGUUCCUCCAGCAGCCCACUAUAACCUUCUGCACAGCCAUGGCAGCUUUCUAUCUGCCAGUAACCAUUAUGAGUGUGCUCUACUGGCGGAUUUACAAGGAGACUGAGAACCGCUCAAAAGAAUUAGCGGGACUGCAGGGCUCAGGGGCCCGUGGCGGCGCUGGGAUAGCGGCGAGGAACGGCAACGUUGGUGUUGACCGAGCGCGUUUUGUGCGUCAAACUGGGAGUUCCAGAAGUUGCAAUAGCUACGAGCUGACUCGGUUGUCCCAGAGAAAGAGCGCGUGUCGGGAGCUGGUCAGUCGCUUGCACUGCUGGCCGGGUGUUCGAUCGUGGAGGCCCGGUAGUAUCCGGCAAGGAGAAAGGGAUCCGGACCAAAGCAGCAGUGAUAGCUGGAACAAUAAUGAUAAUGUGGUGUCACUGGACCAAUCAGGCUCGUCAGAUGACGAAGACUGCGGGGGAAGAGACAGCCACACUAUUUUCUCUAUUGUUCUCAGCCUGCCUGGUUUAAAAGCAGCUGUCAACUCUCAAAUCACUUCGUGCGAGGACCUGGAUGAAGCCUCAGAACAGGAUCCGCUGAGGGGAGCGGAAUAUAACAGAGAAGGCCUCGCCACAGUCGCUACCAAGAUCGGCGCGGCCACCUGUCCCGAUGGGACGAAUGAUACGGAAAACAGCUACCACCAACGCUUCUGUUCUCGCAAAAUCCAGUCCAUGUCGACCAUCCAGUCUACCUCCAACUCUGGGUCUCUGGAUGAUACGAUGAGCGCGGCCCCCGACUCUACUACCACCACCACCAGCACAGCCACUAAAUCCCCCGCCGUCCCGAUGUCCUUCAAAGAGGCAGCUCUCGCCAAGCGUUUUGCGUCCCGAGCUCGGACUCAGAUCUCCAAGAGAAAGCGCAUGUCCUUAGUGAAAGAAAAGAAGGCAGCUCAGACUCUCAGCGCCAUUCUCUUUGCGUUCAUCAUCACGUGGACGCCGUACAACAUCAUGGUCCUGAUCAAUGCCUUCUGCAAAGACUCCAUUCCGAACACCCUUUGGGCCGUGGGUUACUGGCUAUGCUACGUCAACAGCACCGUCAACCCCAUGUGCUACGCUCUGUGCAACAAGACUUUCCGUACGACCUUUAAGAUGAUCCUGCUGUGCCGCUGGGACCAGAAAAAACGGAGGAAGCUGCAGUUCCAGCAAAGGCAGUCGGUGGUCUUCCACAGUAGGAUUCCCAGAGAGUCCACGUAAAGGACGAGAGUGGGUUGAUGACGUGAUGAAAAACGGAAACCAUCCACGGGCUUCUUUCGGGAGUUAGUCUGAGGCACCACAGCAAACAUGCGCAAUGGUUUCGAUGUACGUCCUCGUGUUCGUGUGCAUGCAAGAAGGGCUGCGCAAGGUGGGAUGCAGAGACGCAAAACGACUAUCUUGUCUUGUAGAACUCGACCAUUUCAUGCAGGUUUUAUAAAGAGAACUGAGCGGGAUUUGCUAGAAAAGGGCUUUAAACAGAACACGUUUUGUUUUGGGGUGGAGUAUUUAAGAACAACUGAAUGGUUAAAGGAGAGCUUUUUCCUCACGGUUAAGGCUUGACAUUUCUUAUCGUUUCCUCUUUGUCGGUAGCUACAUUUGUAACGUACAAACUCGAGUGCUUUCGCCUUUGUAAACAAACCGAACUUUACAUCUGUAUUUUAUCACCAAAGGCCAAGACUCUCUGUACAAUACUCUGUUCCGUUCACUGGGCCUUGACUUUUUGACUGGCAUGUUUUUCUUUUUUUUUUUUUUUAAUUUUAUCAGACCUCGUGUGUCUUGCCUUCCUGUGUAGAUAUAACUUGUUAGAUGGGAUAUAAAAUAUUCUUUGAGUCUAACAGAGAGUUUUUAUUUUUGUGCUACUCAUCUUGAACUUUUGAGCCAGUCCGCAAACGACUCUUCUUCUACGAGUAUUCCGUGUGGCACCACACUCUGUGAACUGCUGUUGUGUUCAACGUGAUCGUAGUGGUUUUUAAAACAGUGGCGACAUCGAGUACAUCCGGUUGUGUUCCUGUACUUGACGUCAUUGUGAUGAUGAUGAUGAUAAUGGUUCUAUUGAUGUAUUUUUGCAGCUUUCCCACGCAGAAAAAUGUCGAUUUUCUUUGAACUUUCUACAGUAAUGCUUUUGUCAGAAUGCAGACUGCAGUUGUUUUUUGCUUACCAGUGGAGCCAGGGCGGCCUCUAGUGGUGUGUUGAGGACCCAACGUGCUCACUACCAAUGUAACUUUUUCUGUAGUGUAGUACAGCAUCAUUCACAACCCCAGUCGACCUUGAGAAGAGACAGUUUAAUAAAACAAAGGGAGUUUUUAUUAUGAUUGUUUGUAAUGAUUCUAAUUUGCCAACCCCACUUGAUGGUACCGUGUGAACUAGUUUUGUACCAUUUUGUUUAUAGGUUAUUGAUCUCUAUCCACAGGAUCAGAACCUUGGGAAGUCUAUUGGUUUGACUUGUGUAUAAUGUGUGGAAUUAUAAAUCAAUCAAUGUUCCAGGGACCACAGACAAUCACACUGAAAUUCUAAACACAAGUAGAUCCUUGGACCGGUCACCAGUUUUUGUCAGGGCACAUAUACACCAACAACCAUUCACCUCCAUCCAUCCAUUAUCUACCGCUUUUCCGGGUCGGUCACGGGGGAAUGACCUUCGGCAGGGAUACCCAGACUUCCCUAUCUCCAGCCACUUCUUCCAGCUCUUCCGGAGGGAUCCCGAGGCGUUCCCAAACCAGCCGAGAGACACAGUCUCUAUUGCGUGUCCUGGGUCGUCCUCGGGGUCUCUUUCAGGUGGGAUGUGCCCGGAACACCUCACCAUGGAGGCGUCCGGGAAGCAUCCGGAUCAGAUGCUCAGGCCACCUCAUCUGGCUCCUCUCAAUGCGGAGGAGCAGCGGCUCGACACUGAGCCCCUCCCGGAUGACCGAGCUUCUCACCCUAUCUCUAAGGGAGAGUCUCAUUUCGGCCGCUUGUAUCCGGGAUCUUGUUCUUUCGGUCACAACCCACAGCUCGUGCCCAUAGGUGAGGGUAGGAACUAUUCACACCUAUAGAAAAUUUAGACAUGGAAAAAACCUCACACAAAUACAGUGAGGACAUGCAAACUUUACACAGGUAGGCCUUGAGCUUGGAUUCAAACCUCUUACCUCAGAGCUGUGACAAGACAGAAGCGGUAACAAAUAUACAGCUGUGCUGUCUCACAUAUGUAUUUGAUCAAUUUUGUUUGGGUAAUUGAGUAAAUCGAGUAAAAUGUAUAUUUGUUGGUAUAGUUCGCACUUAGGUAUUGAGGGUUAGCACGUCUGUCUCAAAGUUCUGAUGUGUCGGGUUUGACUCGCCCACAGCACUUCCUCCUCGUGCCUGUGAGGGUACCUCCCACAUUCCCAAAACAUUCACGUAAGAUUUUCUGAAGACUAAAUUGUCCUAUAGUAGGAUGGUUUUGUCUUGAAGUGCCCCGAGAUUGACUGGUGGCAAGUCCCGCCUCAUGCCCAGUCAUCUGCGAGAUUGGAAAUAAGAUGGCUGGAUUUAUUGGUAUAAAAAAGGGGAAUGCGAGCGCACGACUGACAGCUGCCAUUGUUGUACCCAUCUUUAUGUGCAGUGUUUGCUUGCAGCACUCUGUGUCAGAAUGAAUAUUGUACAAAGGCAGUGACAGACAGCUGUCAUUCUACUUUUAUGUGCUGUGUAAAAAAACAAACAAAAAAAAGUUGUUCUUUCAACACUUGGUAUUUGAUAUGUGUCCAACACAAAGACUUUUUACAUUGGUGCGGAACAUUUGUUCUCAAAUAUCGGGAAUGUAAACGGUGAUCGCAAAUGUCUUUUUGUUACGGUUCAAAUAUGCCAA